AUGAGUCAAACUGCGAACCUCCCAAUUUCCACCGAUCCAAUGAGCUGCGGUCUGGACCUGGCCGCAUUGGUUGACUGGCCCGACGAUAAGGCCGUGGAAGGAUUGACCCGGAGCGCUUUCUACGCCAACGAUGCUGAGUUUGACAUUGGAGAACAGCUGAAGGGAAGUAUGAACAGCCCCGUCGCUAUAGACAAUGUAGAUGCUAGGCCCUCGCAGUUGCCUACCACAUUGGCCAGAGCCCCUCCUAAUGGCCCUAACCCUCCAAAUAAGAAAGCCAGCAGACAGAUCCAGACCAGUGCUUGGGUACCAUACGACAUCUAUAUCCCGCCGCAGAAUGUUCAAGUCAGCGGUAACAUUGCUACGAAAGGAUCCUUAUGCGCAUCUACCGCUCCUGCUCCCAACAUCAUGCGAGGAAGCGGCUCUAGCUCCCCAGUACCCUACCUCGCGAGCCAGCUCAACCGCGCGAGAGCCCAACCGAACGCAUGCAAAGAGGUGAUCAAGGAGUUGCAACGCGUUCUAAAAGCCAGUUCGGACGGCGAGGUUAUUCGCAGGCUCCUAAAUACAGUCGCAAGAAAAGAUCGAGAGGCUGAGGCUUCGCGGCGUGAGCUAAGCGAUCUUGAGGAUGAAUGUGAGAUGUAUAAAGUGCAGUUGAGCCGGGUGUAUGAACAGAGCCAGGCUUCGCGGAAGGCAAUUGCGCAGUAUGAGCGGGAGUUUGGGAGAAUGGAGUACCAGAUCAAGGUGCUGAGAACACAGCUGAAGCUGGCAAAGUCCGAGAGGGACCGGUUGAGGGGGCAGAUGAACAAGCAGCAGUAG